UCGAAACCGUUGAACGGCUCCGCUUUGUGCCCUGACGCUCCGUACAUAUGUGAUACACCGGCUCUAUUAGAUGAGGAACUACCUAGAUUUCAGAUUGAUGGUCUCUUCAUUGAGUCAAGGGCCGAUGAAUUACAAGAGCACUUAGUUGGCUUGAGCUCUGAGCAAG